AAAAGCUCCAUGUGGGAGAGUUGCAGGGGUGAGAAGAGAGAGAGAGGAGUAAACUCUGUCUCUCCAGUAACCGUAAUAAUAAUAAUAACAAUAAUAAUAAUAAUAAUAAUAAUAAUAAUAAUAAUAAUAUCACAGAAGACAAGUUAUAUUCCACAGGAUGGAUUUCGACCUGCCUCCCACCAUACCUGCGAGCGGGAUCCCCUGGGAAAGAGUUCUGCCUCCCCUGCUGCCUCGCCUCGGGGGCACUGUGGGAUCUUACGCAUGGACCCCAGCCGAGCUGCUGAUCCCGGUUAAAGAGCACACAGGAGCCGCACAGGUUGUGUGUGACCAAAAUGGAUUUACUGUACAACUUGAUGUGAAACACUUCAGUCCUGAGGAGCUGAUGGUCAAAGUCACAGGCGACUAUGUCGUGGUAGAGGGAAAACACGAACAGAGAAAGGAUGGAUCUGGAUUAGUGACCCGGCAGUUUAACCGAAGGUACCGCAUUCCAAACGAAGUGGACGCCAUGAAACUGGAGUGUGCAGUGUCGCCAGAGGGAAUGCUUGUUAUUUCUGCCCCUUUGAUGAAGGCUGAAAAUGCCAAAUCACCUACACACUCAGGACCAGGAGUGUAAAGACACUACACGGAUGUUGACAGGGAGACAAGUCAACAGACGGACCUUUUAAUAUUUAUGUAAUUCUGUCCCAAGAUAUAUUUCUAUCACUCUC